AAGGCCUCGGAUCGUGGAUCCCGGAGACUUUUGGUAUCACCUGUUACAGAUCUAUCGUUCGACCGCUUUCAUCUUGGCGAGGCUGUACUCGGGUGUGGUCACCAUAAUCCACAGCGCAGCCGCGCGGAAACACCUUCGCCUUAGCCGUCACCGUACGCAAAGCGGUCGGAAGAAUGGCGGCUUCCGCUCAGAAUCAAGGUUUUGUGUCCGGGGAGCAGUACCGCUAUGCGCUGAGUCAGUUCAGGAUUGCGCAUGAGCAGGUGGAGCAGCAGCGGCAGCAGAUGGAGGAGCAGGAGAGGCAAAUCGCGAUGCUGCGGUCGCGGAUCGCGACCCUGGAGGGCGAAGACUUUGCGCAGCCGCAUUCAGCUUCAGCCAAAUCCUCUGUGGACGACUUCUCCGUAAAGAAUGCUGCCUCCAGGUUAGAGAAGCUGAUCAAUCGCUGGGCUGGAGAUAUCGUCCGAAGUCCUCCUCUUCCUCUCGCUGAUCUCCAACGAGCGACGUUGGAGGAUAUCAACGAUGGCAGCCCCUCGGUGAUUCCAGAUACAUCCGCGAUGAAGGUACAAAGUCUACUCCGCCAUGUCAUGUCCGAAGUGAUCGCCGAUGGGGUCGUGAACUGUCUCAUCGUCACUGAUUCAGCUGAAGCGAACAUUCAGCUCUCGCGAAUACACGAACACAUUUUCUCUCGUGACGCGACUGUUGCAUGCGUUUGGCGCCGUCAGACCUUCUCCGCCGCGAUCGAGGCGCCAUCGACGGAAAUGACCACCCUCAUCCUGCAAGAGCAGAUGCCGAAUCUCUUCGGCCUAUUUUCGCCACCUCAACAAAGUCCUAUUAUGCACGCCGCCAUCCCGCUCCUCCAGAGCGCGACGGAGUUCUCGCGCAUGCUGCACGGCUCCAAUCCAGGUGGCUCUGGCGCAGCAGACACGUUCUAUCGCGCGUUUGUGCCUGAGCUCGGAAGUCCGCUCGACCCUAGGCAAGUCGAGCUCGUGAAGCGGUGCGUGCAGAGCGACAAGGGCGCGGGCGAUAGGGUAGGGGCUACGGUUUUCUUUGGCUUGGUCAAGAUUUCGAGAGAGGGGCACCAGAACGUUCAGACUGUCGUCAGACGGGCCCAGGUCAUCUGCGAAUGCGCUCUGGCGCCGUUACCCUACGCUUGA